AUGGAUAACCAAAGAUCAAUGGAUUUGAUAAAGACUCGCCAGCAUUGUACAUCUACAGAUGAAAUAUCUGUUGCAGACCAAAGAAGACUGUAUUUUCAUAAAUUCCGUACACCAUCAUCAAAUGAUGCCAUUGGUCAUGCUGACACUAUUCCUGUGGAAUCAACACAUGAUCUUGAUGUGAAAGUUUGUUUGCCGCAGGAAUAUGAAAAAGAUUUAUUGACUGAGAGAUAUUCAAUGUCAUUCAAUCGUGGUCGAGAUAAAGUGAAAUCAGCACAUGAACCUCACAUUGAUAGAACAUUACAUGAUUACACCAGAAAUCUCGACAAUGCAAGAAGGUUGCCCUCUUCUGAUUAUGACAGAGAUAGAUUUUUGAUUGGCCAUGGUCAAGAUAAACGUCCUCUUGAGUAUUCCAGAGAUCGAUCACCUAUUGAUGUGAACAGAGAUAAUACUCCAUAUGAUCGUGACAGAGAUAGAUUCUACUUUGACCGAAGCAGGGAUAGGUUCCCACAUGAUGAUACCAGAAAUAUAACUUCUCUUGACCAAGGUAGAGAUAGAUCACCUCUUUAUAUCACAAGAGACAAAACCACACCUAAAUCCUAUCUUGACAGAGACAGAGAUAGAGAUAGAGAUAGAUUACCACCAGAUCGUACCACAGAUAGGUUCCCACUUGAUCGUACCACAGAUAGAUUACCACUUGAUCGUACCACAGAUAGAUUACCACUUGAUCGUACCACAGAAAGGUUUCCACUUGAUCAUACCACAGAUUGGUCCUCACCAGAUCAUACCACAGAUAGAUAG